UCCAUCUCACUCUCUUUCUCUAAUGUUGUAGUAUUGUACUAGUACUACUUUUUAAGCUUUGUCUCAGCAUGCCUUCAGUUCCAUUGAUUACUCUUCCCACACCCCAUAUCUUUCAAGUCUUUCUCAUCCUCCUCUUGUAGUCUUCUCACUCUAGUUUCUUGAAUUGAAUUAUAAGAAAGAAAGAGCCCUCCACAAGGUCGCUAUCAUCAUGGAGCCUCACAUGCACCACCUUAGGCAAUCAUCAUCAGCCGUGCAUUCCCCGUUUGCUCCAACCAAGAAAGUGACGGAAGAGGCAGAGACUGACACAGAGGAGGAGGAGGAGGAGGAGGAAGAGGAAGAGGUGGAGGAGGAGGAGGAGGAAGAAGAAGAUGGUAAUGGUGGUUUUGGAGCAGAAAUUGAGGUGGAGCCUGAGCUUAAGAAGAAAAGAAUGAAUUUUGAUGAGGGUCCAAGGAAGAGGGGUUCAGGAACUGCUGCUGCUGCUGCUGAAGGUGCUGGUGGUGGUGGUGGUGGAGGGGUGGCAGUGGCACCACCGCCGGGCUGCCGGGCGGAGAAUUGUAAGGCUGAUCUUACUGAUUCAAAGAGCUACCACAAGAGGCACAAGGUGUGUGAGUAUCAUGCUAAGGCUGAAGUUGUCGUGGUUGAAGGACUGAAGCAGAGGUUCUGUCAGCAGUGCAGCAGGUCCAAGACUUGGUUAUAUUGUCUAUCCAGAUUCCACGACCUCUCAGAAUUUGAUGAGGCAAAGAGAAGUUGUCGCCGACGCUUAGCAGGACACAAUGAGCGACGCCGCAAGCACUUUACUGAAUCUCGUGGAGAAGGAUCAGGACGACGAGGAUCGAAUCCGGGAGCCAAGAAAGAUCAAUGCAGGCAGGUUGAUGAAAGAGGAAGAACCCCAAUUGUUUUACCAGAGAACCACCAAAAACUCCACAUCCAUUAGGCAGUCAUUAGUUGCUUACUCUCUUCUGUCAUCCUAUGGAAUAUUUAUGCCAUUUAUGACAUAGCUUCGAGCCUAGUUAGUUUGUACAACUUUUGAUAACUUCUACUUGCAAUUGUUUCACUUUUCUCCUCCAUGCGGUCUGUAAUGGGCAGUAUUGUCCUAACUUUAGCAGUUAGUCCAGACUAUUUCAGUGUUGAAUCUACCUUCAACUCCCCUGUGAGGCGUAAAUAUUUGUU